UGCCCAAUUCAGCUGGCGCCAAACGAAAACAAACAACACGUUCCGAGGCCUAAAAACACGAAGAAAGCCGACAAUUAUCCGUAUAAAUAGCAGUAUACUUUUCUUGGGGCAUGGAUUUGGUUCACAGACCUGAUCAGCGGUCAUCGUGGAUCAGUUCCGAUCGAGUACUUCUGCGCGAUUACUUUGCGGAUUUCCGAGACCGGUUAAGCCGACAUCGACCGCCCUCCGGUUUAAAAGGGGAUCUCCGGGUUAUUUCGAACGACAAGUUGAUUCAGUGGAUAAAUUAUAGCCCCAAUGCGGGUAACCAGGACGAUCCGGAGCAGACCUUGGACUCGGACACGUUUCGAGAUCUCGUUCAAAAUUGCCACGAGGAUGCAUUAAGCGUUCCCGGAGAGAUGCCACCGGUCAGGCAUCACUUGCCGACGAAUAAAGUCGAUGAAGAUGGAUGCACGAGGUUCAAAAUGAUGCCGAUUCCCGAGAUGGGUCCAUCCCUUCUUGAAACUUUGGCACAUGGGGCUGACUUCCGGGCCAAUGCUUCCAAGUACGAGAAAUAUCGACAUCAACGGCAAUUACGGCAUCAAAAUUCCAAUUGGCUGGAUGCCACACCCUUUGUCCCGCCCAAUCGUUUGGCCUCGAAAGCCACGGAGACCGACAUUGUGGUGAUUGUCCGGGUAUACAAGUCGUUCAAAUCAACCAACCUAAAUCCUAAAUUCACCGUGAAUAAUUUGAAAUAUUCUCAAGAGAUCAUGAUGUUAGGGACCAACAAGUUAAGCGAACUUCGAGACUUUAUUCGAUGCCACGCCGACCAUUUCAUAACUCAAGAUGUCAGCGACAACCCACAAGAUGCUCAAACGAGUCAAAAAAAGUCCAAAGAUAUCUACAAAUCCGGAUUCUUCUACAUUGAAGGAUGCUUCUACAACGACCACAGAUGGCCUGAGUGUGAAGAUCUCAGUGAGACCGUUCGUCAAUGGGCUGAGAAUGGGAAUCGUGGGUUAGGCCCGUUUGCCACGGCCAAAAUGGAGGAGACUGCCAUCGAAGACCUUGAAAUCCGAUUCGGAUACCCUUACGUUUACGUUCACCAAGGACACCAUGAGCAUUUAUUUUCGUUCAACGAUGCCCGGUUGAUGGCUUGGGACGAUCCUCAAUACGCCCCUUCGUACCCUUUUGAGCGGAGUCAAGGCACCCUAAGAAGUAAAUACUGUAUGAUAUGCUCCCUCAAUGUCGCAAAAUGGGUCACACAAGACAACAUAAGGGUGCCCGAGGAUCCGUUUUUCUUCUGUGAGGAAUGCUUCCAUUCCUUCAACUACGACUCGGCGGGAAAGAAAAUUGGCCAAUUCAAAGCGUUCCCUUUCAUUGAUGUCAAUGUCGUUUGAUCUUCCGUUUAGUGAUGAGCCGUGUCAGAAAACAAGAAUGGCGAAUAAUAAACGGAACAAAGCUC